AGAGAAAUCCCAGUCUCCCCGAUGUAGCGUCAGAGGGUUGCGCCUACCCCGCUAACAUCCACCAAUGGGAACCAAUCCCGGUAUUCCCCGCCCGCCAAUCGGCGUCGCCACUCGGUCCGUUCCCAGUCGCGUUGAGGGGCACAACGUUGCGCGCUAGUGUUACCACCGUGCACCUUAAAACCGAACAGGCGAUAUACCACGAAGGGAAAGAAGGCAAAAAGUGAGAGUGGAGAGAAGUAAAUAUAAAAAAACAACAUUGCGAGAAAUAUCGAAAAAGAGGAAGGGAAUGAGAAUGAGAAAAAAAAAAUAAUGGUAUUGGUAGUGGUGUACCUUUGCUAAGUUGGUGACUUGGUCACUCAGUGACUGUGUCUCGUAAUAAUCGGUGCUGACGUCUCGCAGUGGAUCGUUUUACUCUACAUGUGUGUUAGCAGUGACUUUCAUCAGGAAUUUCCAUUAAACGGGGACUAAAAAAAAUUAACUUACUUGUAUCACCAAAGAAUUAUGGCAUUAAUUAACUCAUAAGCCAUUUUAUCCGAUAAAAUAAUUUUCUCAACAACUUUUACAAUGUGAAAUCAACUAAAUUGUCUCUGACAUUCUAUGGACGUUCUGAGUGUUUUUAAGUGACUGAAAGAGUGUCGCGAGGAUUUUCGGAAACACCUUUGGAUUUAUUUGGAUAACUGAUAAUGUCCGAGAGUUCGGAUCAAUUGUCAUCGCCCAACAGCGAGUGCAAUAGUCAGAUGGGUCAUCGUAAUUCCGGUGGUUAUGUGAACGCAAUACAGGGAUUAUCGUUGAAUCUUCAUCAGCAGAAUUCAGAUGUCACGACGGGAAAUAGUCCGAGGUACGGACAGGAACAGAGUGCUUGUAAUCCAGUGAAUAUCUCAAAUAUUGGGUUCAAUGUUACGGGGAGUACUGCCAAUUUUACACCCGAACAGAUAUCAUGUAUGUGUGAAGCACUAUCGCAGAGUCAUGAUAUUGAAAAACUUACCAGAUUCUUAUGGUCACUUCCGCCAAGUGAACUGGCCCGAGGUAGCGAAAGUGUUCUAAUGGCGCGUGCAGCGGUGGCAUUUCAUCGUGGUGCUUACCAUGAUCUCUAUUCAAUCCUCGAAACCCACUCAUUCUCUCCACGUCAUCAUCCAGAGCUUCAACAAAUGUGGUACAAAUCUCACUACUGCGAAGCUGAGAAAAUUCGGGGACGUGCAUUGGGGGCAGUUGACAAAUAUCGUUUACGAAAAAAGUAUCCACUACCAAAGACAAUCUGGGAUGGCGAGGAAACAGUUUACUGUUUCAAGGAGCGAUCGAGGAAUGCAUUGAAAGCGUGUUACAUGAGGAAUCGUUACCCAACGCCUGAUGAUAAAAAAGACUUGGCCAAGAAGACCGAUCUGACCCUUACACAAGUCUCCAAUUGGUUCAAAAACCGGAGACAACGAGAUCGAACGCCGCAGACGAGAUCAGAAAUGCUCUCACUAAAUUGCCAAAGCAACAAUGGGAACGUGAGUAACGGAGGGAGUAAUACCGGCGCAUCACAUCAGCCGUUGCAGCCUCUGGAAUCUAGUAGUCCGAAUCUUGCAAUGUCACCGACAUCAACAAUAGUCAUCUCUCCUGUUGGAAUGAAUCCCUGCAGUCCAAUGGGUAUGAGCCCGAUGGGACCUCAUCAGCAUGGAUACGCUGCACCAGUUACCCCCUCAUCUGUACACUCGGCUCAUCCUCAUAACGGUGCACUCAGUCCUAUGAAUGAUGUGAAAAGCUUGUGCUAUGGACGUGGAGUCUACGAUAACGGUAAAGACAUUGAUCAGCCGGUAUAUUACUCAAGCCACGCUAGUAUGCAUCAUCAGUAUUAUCAACAGAGCCACCACCAGAUGAUGACCGGGACUCAUCAUCAUCACCAUCAGCAAACAAUGUCAAGUGGUUAUGAAAUCAUGUUACCACCACCUCAGCACUCCAUGUGACCAACGGAUUGUAAUUCUCGUGAGGAUCAAUCCGCGAGUGAUGAUAUCCUCUCGCGAAUACUCACAUUUGCGUGAAUCGAACCGGUGUUAAUUACUUAAAUAAACUGCUUACUUGAUUAAUGCUAUCAUAUUGCAGGAGAAUCUAUUUUGUUCGUCGAAAAAAAUUACUCGGCCCACAACAGCCACUCCACCGUUCCACUUCAACUGUUGAAUUAACGACAAGUGGGAUGACAUGAACACUUUUCAGUCUUUCGAGUGAGUGAUUCUUCAUUAUUUACUGAGUAUUCCAGAGAUUUUUAAUUGUCGUAUAGAAGAGUUCGGAAAAUCAGAUAAUUUGAGAGAUUUAUAGGAACAAGGAAACUCAAUAGAAAAAAUAUCCCAUCUGAAUCCGUUUCAUAAAGAAAAUUGGAAUGUAAUAGUUCAUAUCUAGUGAGGAAAAGCACGUGGGUGAGCGACGGAAAAGCUCUUCUCUAUGAUGAGUUUUGAUUGAGUUGUAUUUAUUAUUUCUGUGUGAAGUUUAUUAUAGAAAAUACUUAAGAGGGACCGAGAGGUCAUUUAUUUGAAAUCGGGGGGCACAAUGAUUGCUCAUUUCUCAUGAUGUCAAGCAGAUUUCAAUGUAUAUGUCUGGCCGACCAAUGAAAUUUCAAGAGCAGUAAAAUUCUACCGUAGCCAAAACUUCCAACGGCAUUUCGGACAUUCUCAGAAAAUGUCCGGUUUGGUGACUAUUUUUUUUUUUCAUUUUUUUUCUCCCGUAUAUAGGGACUCCAUCAGUGACUAUUGGGAACCAAAAAUGGGGCGUUCCACACUGGGUGCGCAUAUUUCUAUAUGUUAGAAAAUACUACAUUUCGUUACCAUUGCGGGUAAGUGUUUUUGGGCCUGUGGGAGAUUUAUAAGAUGAGGCGAAGGCGAGUGCUCCCAUCCCACGAGUCUAAAAACACUUUUUCGCGAGUGUUACACGAUGUGUUGGACAUGUCGCUUUGCGUACGCGGAGCGUGCGUAAAAUAUUCUUUUACACUGUCAGUCGAUUUUUUUUUCUCCUUUGUGUACUAGAAAGUGUCUGAUGAGGAGUUGAUUUCAGGAUUUCGAAUGAAUGGCUCUUUGGAAGUCUCAACAUGACACUAUUAAAUGUUGACUGAAAUUUCCGGAGCACAUUUGGAAAUUUCGAUCACAAACAAGUUAUACAGGAAACUUGAAGGAAUUUCGUAAUUGAAAUUUUUUUUAAUUACAUAGAACCACCAAUAACUACUAUAGAUUUCAGUUCGAUUCGCUCAAAGUCAAUCUAAAUGAACAUAAUUACGGCGAAAAAGGUUUUGAAUUUUUAAUUAAUUCAAAGGUCCUCAUGACGACACGGAAUGUUCUUAGUCUUAUUGAUAAUUCAACUGGAUUGAAAUUUGGUGGUUUUUCUCAAUUAUCGUAUUUUAACAAUCAGUGACGGUCAUCUAAUUUAUCACCAAGAAAAUUUUCUCUGAAAUAAUUCAUUAGAGAAUUAUUUGAAAAGUACUAUUGAGAUAAUGCAUGGUUCUCCUAUUCAAUUUAUUGAAGCUCGAAUUGUAGCCGAAAAUCUUAUCAUUAGCUCUGCUCUCUUUCUCUUCCAGAAAAGAAAACCUCAUUUCCCAUCUACAUAAUCGAUAGAAGAAUUAUGUAUACGCGUACUCAUCAAUCUUCAAACGUAAAUCCAUAACAUUGCUAUCGACAAUUUUUCUUUUAUUGAAAUUUUGAGAGAAAGUAAACAAACGUGAAGUAGCUUUCGAUGGAGCUAUUGUACAUUACAAUAGCAAUGUAGCAUGAACAAAAAUUAUUGGAUAGAAUAAAACAUAGUUGUAUGUUAAGAGGAUGCAAAAUGUUGUGAACAUUUUUAUCGUACCAGCUAAUGUAAAUACUGGAAAAGUGACAAAUGGCGUUAAUGAUACGAUGUAUGUAAUGUAUAUAAAGCGAUCAAAGUUUAGUCU